AUGAAAAUUCUGGUGUGUGGAGAUGUGGAGGGUCACUUCAAGCAACUAUUUAGCAGAGUCCAGAGCAUCCUCUCCAAGAACAAAGACUUUGAGCUGCUGUUGUGUGUUGGAUCUUUCUUUAGCUCUGACUGCCAGGAGGAGUGGAGCAAGUAUCGGGAGGGGGUGGAAACAGGUCAGCGUGGAGUGUACAGUGCGUCCAGUGGUCUGAGGGUGGCCUAUCUCAGUGGGAGCUACCAGGGGAGGACCUAUCAGCAUCAAGACAAGGGAGAUAAUCUAUUGCGACCAUAUUUCACUGACUCUGAUGUGUCCUGGCUGGAGGGUCAGUGCAGUGGAGAGGGCUACCGUGGAGUGGACAUUCUCCUCACCUCUGAUUGGCCCGGGGCAGUGGACAAGUUCACAGUGGCUCCUGACGGACUGGACCUGAGUGCAGUGGGGGCAAAGCCUCUGAGUAAACUGGCCAUGUGUCUCAAGCCACGCUACCAUUUUGCAGCUCUACACCAAACCUUCUAUGAGAGAAUACCGUACAGUAAUACCUCCACAACUUUUGAUGCUAACUGUAUUGUGCUUCAUUUCAUGCAGGAAUCAUAA